AUGAGCAAGGCCAAAGUUAUCUGUGUGUCCGAUUCCAACGAUUCGAGCUGGCAAGCCGUCUUCCGAAAUCUUCCCGUGGAUACUGAAAUCGUGGCUACCGGUACCGUUCUGAAAGAUUUUAAUUUCGAAGAGCUGCGCUCAAAGGAUGCCAACGUUGUGUUUGUGAGCUACUUGGAUGUCAAAGAUCUGUUAUCGACUUUUCUCUCCGAGCUACCGAGUUUGGAAUGGGUCCAUUUUCGAGCGGCCGGUAUUGACAGCGUGAUGACGGAUACUCUUAAGUCGUGGACGGGUACAAUGACGAAUGCAAAGGGAUCCUUCAGCGAAGCACUCGCAGAAUACGCACUGACGGCAUGCUUGUACUUAGAUUCGUGGUCAAUCUGCCUGUCGCAUUGCUCACGGCUUUCAUCCUUUCUCGCACGACGAAGUGCCAAAGAUCUGCCACGCUUGUUGCGACAAAAGGGUGUCAAACAAUGGGAAAAGUACACAGUCCGGGAACUGAAGGGCGCUACGCUUGGGAUUAUUGGAUUUGGUGACAUUGGAAGGGAAUGUGCGAAACUAGCAUCCGCUUUCGGUAUGAGAAUUAUUGCCCUUCGUCGCAACCCGAAACCCGACUCACUGUGCGACGCUGUGUAUGGAAACGACACCGCCAGCCUCAAUCGAUUGUUUGCCGACUCGGACUAUAUAUUGUGCGCUGCUCCGUUAACACCGCAAACUCGAGGUAUGAUUGGAAAAGAACAGUUUGAUCACACUAGAGAGAAUGCCGUAUUCAUCAUUUGGGGCGUGGUGCGGUUGCAGACGAAGACGCCUUGA